AUAUAAAAUUUAACAUCUUUAAAUAAAAUUUCCCUCUUGUUUUUGUCUUGUUGUUUAUUUGACAAGACAGAGAAUUAAUGUUGUGAAUGUAAAUGAGCAUGGUGAAGAUGUCUUUUCUCAACCAACUCAAGAACCAGAGUAAAGAUGACUGCAUCUUCACCUCUGCAGCCCAAUCACCAACUUGUAGCUGUCUUCUGGUGAUGUGAAGUCAGAGAAUUAAUAGCCAUCUACAUAUCCAAUCCAGGUGGUGAGAUUUAAUCCACCUAUCGACCCAGAAUAAAAUAAAUUUUUGGGUUUUGUGUAGCUUUCGAGAGCCCAAAAUGUGUGUGAAUCUUUUCCUUGCGGGGAGAUUUGCUUGAUCCCAAUUCCUGGUUCCUAUUUAAGCCCUCUGCUACUUUCUUAGUUUUCUAUUCUCUUGCUUGAUAUUUUCUCACCUUCCUCUACCUUGUCAAUGGAGUCCUCCCACAUCUCUGGGGAUGCAGAAGAAUGCCACAGCAGUGAAUCUGGCUGGACAAUGUAUAUUGGCUCCCCAAUACACAGUGAUGAUGAUGAUGAUGGUUCUGAUGAUCAUAGAGAACAUCAUGACGACGACGACGACGACGACGACGAUGAUGGUGGUGAUGAUCUUAGUGUUAAAUCACAAGAUGACAGUGAUGAUUCCAUGGCCUCUGAUGCUUCUUCUGGGAUGGCUCAGGCUCACUACAGGCAUCGAGUGGAUAAGAGUGGCAAGAAAGCUAAGAAACCAGUGGAAGAGAAGGAAGAGCCAGAGUCUACUGCAAGAGGAGGAAAUGUUGCCGUUCAGAACAGUGGAAAGGUAAGGAAGAACAGUUGGUUUGGGAAAAGAAAGUAAGUCUUGUUCCUUCCUCUUUUGGCGGUUCAAUGUGCUGAAAAUGUUCCCAGAUGAGAGGGAGAGAGAUAUCACUAUAUCAGCCAUGUUUCUGUUUGAUUCUGUUUCCAGUUUUCCAGUGCAAGAGUUUUGGAUAAAGAAACAUAGCAUUCUGUGCCUUGCUUAGAUAUGUAUUUUGCAUGUAAAAAUAUGGGCAAUAUCAGAACUUUUAUGAAUAUAUUUAGGCCAAAGAGAAUGAGCCAAAGUGAAUGGUAAUAUGAACAAUUAAUGGCACUUAGUCCGAAACUAAGAUCUAAACACAGUCUCCAACAACUCAAGCUGACCGUUUCCUGUCAUUUGGAGUCGAUCUGUAUACCAUCUAGAACAGGUACUUAAGCCCAAAACUAAAGCCGAACUCCAUUGUGGUAAAAUUU